AUGAGCGCUGGAGCGGCCGCGGACAUCACCGGCGCGCGAUUUGCACGGAGGUGGCUGACUCGAGAUCAGAUUCAGUUCUUCGCUCUCUGCGCACCACUCAUCGGCGUCAUUCCGCCAGAAGAGUAUCUGCAGCGGAUGGGAUGGCAGUUGAGUCCGCCACAGGAUGGCGAUCAGGACAAGAUGCCGCAGAUCUCUCGCCUCUUCACCCCAAGCCUCGACACCUUUCCUGAGAAGUUCACGACAACCACUCUCAGUGCAGAUGGCAACGUGAAUGCUUUAUCAAGGAGCAAGUGGCCUUGCCAUAGGCCAAAGCUACCGCCCAGCUCCUGGAUGGCAUAUCGCGAGUUCUACAACAGAUUGCUCGCAUCGUACACUCAGAAAUCGAUCUCCAAGUGCUUGUCGAUCCUCUGGCGUGCAGAUUUCUUCGAGGGCAAGGGGUCCAUUCUCGCCAAGGCAUACAGUAUUGUGUGCGGAUGCCGCGAGGAGAAAGACGCUCCGCUUGACGAGUUCUUCGCCUUCUGCGCAGGCGAGGUUGUGGCACAAUCCCGCAAUGUGCUUCAGAGCGAGCAGAUCCCCGUCGACACCUUCAUGCUGCCUUACCAUGACAGCACUUCACAGCUCACCAGCCAUGAGGGCUCUGCUUUCGUCGAGAUCUCUGUUGGCGCUGGUGGUGACGGCGAACUUCGCGACCAGGCGGCCAAGGUUGGGCCAUUACUGAGUGAAGGCUCACUGAGAGAUUCAAUUUGA